UUUUGAGAGUGAAUCAACAUGGAGCAAUCCUCCCACGAGAUGACAUCCCCUCUUCUGGAAGAUGAAGGUGGUAGCAACAGGAACAUUAUUAGGAAUAGGAACAAGAAUAGGAAUGGUGAAGGCGAAAAAGAAGAAGAAGAAGAAGAAGAAGACGAAGAAGAAGAGAACUCGCCGAUAAAGCAAGUGGCUAUGACGGUGGCAACGACCGACGAUCCUUCUCUUCCGAUUCUGACGUUUCGAAUGUGGGUGCUGGGAAGCCUCUCCUGCGUUGUGUUGUCCUUUCUGAACCAGUUUUUCUGGUACCGCAGGGAGCCCCUGGCCAUCACCGCCAUCUCUGCGCAGAUCGCAGUGGUGCCGCUGGGGCAGCUGAUGGCGGCGACAAUAACGAAACGCGUGUUCUUGAGCGGGACACGGUGGGAGUUUAGGUUGAACCCAGGGCCGUUCAACGUGAAGGAGCAUGUUCUAAUAACGAUAUUUGCUAACUCUGGUGCCGGCAAUGUGUACGCCAUUCACGUAGUGACCGCUGUCAAAAUCUUUUACCGCCAACACAUCUCCUUUUUUGUUUCCCUCCUUGUAGUCAUCACCACACAGGUACUGGGUUUCGGAUGGGCUGGCAUAUUUAGAAGAUACUUGGUGGAGCCAGCGGCAAUGUGGUGGCCAACAAAUUUAGUUCAAGUUUCCCUCUUUAGGGCACUGCACGAGAAGGAUGAAAGAGAGAAGGGAGGGUUAACGCGGUCGCAGUUCUUUGUAGUGGCGUUUUUGUGCAGCUUCGCCUACUACAUCUUCCCUGGAUACAUCUUCCAAAUGCUGGUCUCUCUCUCUUGGGUAUGCUGGUUGUUUCCCAACAACAUUCUGGCCCAUCAGCUCGGGUCGGGCCUGUACGGGCUUGGUAUAGGAGCAGUUGGGCUGGACUGGUCGACCAUUUCCUCUUACCUCGGAAGCCCACUGGCGAGCCCAUGGUUUGCGACCGCCAACGUUGCCGUGGGAUUCGUGUUUGUGAUGUACGUUCUGACUCCACUCUGCUAUUGGUUGAAUGUGUACCAUGCAAAAACGUUCCCCAUUUUCUCCAACAAACUCUUCACCGAGCAAGGUCAGGUUUAUAACAUCACAGCCAUAAUAGACUCGAAUUUCCACCUUGAUCUUGAAGCGUAUGAGCGACAAGGUAGACUCUACCUGAGCACCUUCUUUGCCAUGACCUAUGGAGUUGGAUUUGCUGCACUCACUGCUACCAUUAUGCAUGUAGCUCUCUUUCACGGAAGAGAAAUAUGGGAGCAAAGCAAAUGGAGUUUUAAGGAAAAGAGUGUGGACAUUCACACGAAGCUUAUGAGGAGGUACAAACAAGUUCCAGAGUGGUGGUUCGUGUGCAUACUGGCAGCGACCAUUGCAGCAACCGUCUUCACUUGCGAGUAUUACAAGGCGCAGCUACAGUUGCCCUGGUGGGGUGUUCUGCUAGCAUGUGCCGUUGCCAUAUUCUUCACUCUCCCCAUUGGUAUUAUUACUGCAAUCACAAAUCAGAGCCCGGGCUUGAACAUAAUAACGGAAUACAUCAUAGGGUAUGUGUACCCGGGAUAUCCAGUGGCAAACAUGUGCUUCAAGGUGUAUGGUUACAUUAGCAUGACGCAGGCCAUCACUUUCUUGCAAGACUUCAAGCUCGGUCACUACAUGAAAAUUCCUCCCAGAACCAUGUUCAUGGCACAGAUUGUGGGAACGAUGAUCGCAAGUUUGGUGUAUUUGUUGACUGCGUGGUGGUUAAUGGAGACAAUCCCAGACAUAUGCAAAGACUCAUCCUCUGUGUGGACGUGUCCAAGUGACACAGUGUUCUACGACGCAUCGGUUAUUUGGGGUUUGAUAGGGCCAAGAAGAAUUUUCGGGGACCUGGGAAGCUACGAGAAGGUAAACUGGUUCUUCCUGGGAGGAGCAGUGGCUCCUGUAGUGGUGUGGAUGGCAGCGAGGAGCUUCCCACAGCAAGAGUGGAUAAGACUGAUAAAUAUGCCGGUGCUGAUCGGUGCCACUGGAAUGAUGCCUCCCGCGACUGCAGUGAACUAUACAAGUUGGAUCAUUGUGGGGUUUUUUUCUGGUUUUGUUGUGUUCAGGUACAAGCCAGAGUGGUGGAAGCGUCACAACUAUGUGCUCUCUGGGGCACUUGAUGCAGGGCUUGCCUUCAUGGCAGUGCUUUUGUAUCUUUGUUUGGGGUUGGAGGACAUUAGCUUGAGUUGGUGGGGAAAUGACCUUGAUGCUUGUCCCUUGGCUCACUGCCCCACGGCCAAAGGAGUCCACCUUCAAGGCUGCCCCCUUUUCACUUCCUCAUUCUUCUAGAUUAGGGUUAAACAAUCUCUUGUAAAAACUUUUUAGGUUCAACCCUCUUAUUACGUCACACGUCACGUUUUUAUUUGCUUCACUUCAAUUCUCCUCCUUCCAAUUCUAUGUAAUUUCAUUAUAUCC